AUGAAUCCUGACACUGUAACUCGUGUGGUAGUGGAUGAGGCCAACAAAUUUAAGUAUCUGUUUUUUACCUUGGGAGCUUGCAUAGAAGGGUUCAGCGCAAUGAGGAAAGUCCUCAUUGUGGAUGAAACACACCUCAAGAAUGUUUAUGGUGGAGUUCUACUUGUUGCGGCUGCUCGGGAUCCUGAUCAUCACACCUACCCAGUUGCUUUCGGUGUCGCAGAUGAUAGAAACAAAAGCUUGAUCAAUGCAGUAGGUGCAGUGUUCCCUCAGGCCGCUCAUGGGUAUUGUAUAUGGCAUUUGUCUCAAAAUGUUAAAGGCCACGUCCGUAACCACAGAGACACUUGUGCAUUUAAGUUUAUGGAGUGCGCACACGCUUAUACAGUGGCUGAGUUCUUGAACCUUUAUGAUGCUUUUCGCAGAAGGUAUCCUUCUGCAGCAGAGUAUCUUGACAAAAAUGUUGAAGUGAGGAAAUGGGCUAGAUGUUACUUUGAAGGAGAUAUGUACAAUGUUGACACCACCAAUUCAGUGGAAUUUUUUAAUGGUGUAAUUAAGGAAGCAAGAAAGUUCACCUUGCUACCAAUGUUUGAUGUCAUCAUUGCAAAAAUGGCUGAAUGGUUUAACAAACAUAGGAAAGAGGCAGCUGAGAUACCACCUACACUAAAGCUUGUGCCUAUUGUGGAAACGGAAAUGUCCAAAAGAUGUGUUGAUGGAGGGUUUCUUGAGGUUGAUGAGUUAAACAGUUUCCAUCUUGAAUACAGUGUGAAAGGUAGUGAUGGGAAGGUUUAUACUGUUGAUAUGGCUAUGUUGACUUGCAGCUGUGAGCAAUUUGAUAAAGACAAAUACCCAUGUGUUCAUGUUGUAGCUGCUGCCACAUUCAUGACUGAUAAAACGGGAAGGAAACUCCAUUUAUCUGAGUAUUGUAGUAAGUAUUAUUGGGUUGAGCUAUGGGCUUUGGCUUAUCACAGGACAAUAUAUCAUGUUCCUCAUAUGUCUGAUUGGGUUAUACCAGAAGAAGUUAGAGCACUGAAAGUACUUCCUCCGGAUUAUGAUGUCAAGAAAGGAAGACUACAACAAACAAGGUUUCCAUCAGCAGGAGAAUCUCGUGGAAGAGGAAAAAGAGGCAAAGGGAGUGGCAGAGGGAGGGCCAAAGGCACGGGCAGAGCCAGAGGAGAAGGUAUGGCAUCAUAUUUUGAAUGUGGAAGUGUUUCGGGUUCAGGUGUUUGA